AUGCGCUACGAGCGAAUUCGUGCCGUGGAUACCUGGAGGAACGGCCCUGGUCGAUAUGACUGUGUUUUCGUUAGUUCUGAUCCCACUGUCGAGGGCAUGCAUGGCUUCGAUAUCGCUCAAGUAAGGCUUUUCUUUUCAUUUAAACACAAUGGUGUACUUUACCCUUGUGCAUUUGUGCAUUGGUUCAAACAUGUGCACGACUCACGAGAUGAGAACACAGGAAUGUGGGUAGUAGAGCCUAAAACCUGCGAGGAUGGGACACGAUUUGCCUCUGUCAUUCACCUUGACUGCAUUUUUCGUGCGGCACACCUUAUGCCUGUAUUUGGGCAUGAAUUUGUACCUACUUAUCUCUCUUACACACAGACCCUUGAUGCUUUCUGCACUUACUAUAUAAAUAAAUACAUUGACCAUCAGGCAUUUGAGAUUGCCUGGUGA